CCGUCGAUCCCCGCCAGGAGCGCAACCAUCUUUUUUCCGAAGGGGCCCGCAUCGUGAACUUGCUCGCCAAAAGAACUGUCUCCGGAGGAUGCCAGUUGGAGUACUAUAAAAAGCGAUCAUUUGCCGCCCGAACUCACGGCGUCGCCAUGUCAAUCAGCAUCUACGAGGGCCUCACCGACAUGAUCUCCCUCUUGUUUACCCUCCUCGCUCCCUCGGUCGCGGCGCGCGACACUUUCUAUCCGCCGCUCAAUCACACUACCUUCAUCACCAACACUUCGCUUGGGACCUAUGGAGGGAUUUACUCGGCACCGGCCGAUCAGGCCAGCCCGACUACCUCGGAUGAUGGCUAUAAUUAUUGCUCUAUGCCGCAUCCCCGCGUAGACACAUACGUACUACCUCCUCCUAUCGCCAAUGGGUCCGUUUCCGGCCAGUUGGUUUAUCUCGAAUACCUGCAGCGUCACCAACGCAGGACUCCCUACAACAUUCUUCCGGGCGGCGAGAAUCAAGAGUAUAACUGCAACAACGUCCAGCCCUUUCUAUACGCUGCGCCCGCCUCGCAAGAUCCAUCCCCACUGCACGUAUACGCGCAGUCAUACUCCGAUCCAACCAACCCAUUUCUAGCAGGCUACGUCAAUGGGUCCUGCCAAUAUCCACAACUCACGGUUGGAGGGUUCUUGGACGGAUAUGAACACGGUCGCGAUCUGCGGGCGGUGUAUCGGGACCAAUUGCAGCUCAUCCCAUCUUCCCCGGACGAGGAUAAUGGCAACAAGGUCUGGUUACGCAGUAGUAGCUCCGCCCUAACGCAGGGUUCUGCGGGCGGUGUUUUGAGAGGGCUCUGGCCGGAUUAUCGUGGGUCUUUGCCUUUGCACCAGCAAGCAUCUAGUGUCGACACCGUCGAUCAAGGAUUUUCUUGUUCCGCACGCAGCGACCUUCUGUCAGUCAUUGAGUCUACCGCGGAGUGGGAAGAACAUCUGUCCGUCACGGCGUCGCUUCGCACCAAGUUAGCCACCAUGUUCGAUGCAAACUCUUCGAGCUGGACUUCGACCUUUGAUCACUUCGCCGACAACUUCCAGGCUCGUCUGUGCAACGGCUAUCAACUGCCCUGCAGCAUCAAGGACGAUUCUCUGUGUGUGACUCAGCAGCAAGCAGAUGAAGUCUUUCGUGCGGGUGACUGGGAAUGGAACUAUUGGUGGAGAUACAAUGCCAACGCUACGCGAUAUAUUCAGCUGGUAGAGGGGCUGUUCAUCGGUGAGAUUGUACGGCAUUUGGAGGCGGUGGCGGAGAACACCUCAACUCUGGUCUACAGCCACAAUUUCGUGCAUGAUGGAGAUCUGGGGCCUAUCCUAGGUGCAUUGGGAAUCAAGGCGUUACGUUGGCCAGGGAUGGGCUCAAACAUCGCCUUCGAAAUAUGGAAGACUUCCGACUCUGAGCACUACGCCCGUGUCCUCUACAGUGGUCGGGCCAUUGAGACGAUUCAUGGGACUCUAGACUGGGUUCCUUUGUCGUCUUUGGUCAACAUACUCAAACCUUUCGUCCCUGAUGAUAUUGUGUCGUUGUGCGAGUCAAACUAAUCUUCCUUCAUACACGUCUAGCUCUGGACAGAAUAUAGACAGUCGGAAUGGACAUGUAAUGCAGAAACACUUGAC